UGCGCCUGUGCCCUCUGCCUCUGCACUCGGUACCGUCAGGAUCUCAACACCGCCCUCGCCCUCGCCCUCGGGUCUUCGUCCUUCCACUUCCACAUCAUUCCUUCCCUCACCUCGUCCAUCAUCCCCGGCUUCGCGAUUUCCCUAUUUCCCUAUUUCCCUCAUACACACCAUCCGGCUUUCCUCAGUUAUCCUCAGAACUUCAGUCUCCUUCAUUCUUCAGCGCAUUGAGGAUACACCUACGGGGUUGCCUGGCCUGAAAUGGCCCCUCAACGAUAUGAAGCACUAAACACGCACGACGACGACGUCGAUUCUCCUGUCUCUCCAGAUACUCCCCGACCCAUUCCAUCCUCCCCUCCACCGUCAUUCCGGUCCAGAGCCUCCUCACCUACCUCCAGGCGCCUAUUAGCGCAGGAUCCGUUAUCUACUCACGCCGAUCAAGAUCAUUUAGAGGACACUUUUGACGAUGGCGAGGGCUCCGAUGUCGAGAAUGAUGGCGACGACAGACAACGAUUGAUGAGAGCCGAUACUGGACUCUCCAGACAAGAUGCCUCCCCCUCAUCAACCUCUGUUCCCGAUACCCGGCCGGCGCCUACGAUUGAACGAAGAGUGACGGAACUCCCCGUCUUCAGACCUAUGCCUGCAUCCAUGAGAGCCACCGAUGGUGUUUUUGCAAAUUUAUCCGCAAAACCUGAACGUGGUGACCAAGUUGAAGAAAAGCCUCCUACAUAUGAACAAGCCGCCGCUGAUGCGACGCCUCCUUACUGGGAAACUACUAUUCUUGCGCCUGGAAUGUCCUCGGACGAAGUCUAUGUCGACGGUCUGCCCGUUGGAUCUGUCUUCUCGUUUGUGUGGAACGGCAUGAUCUCCAUGUCCUUCCAACUUGUCGGAUUCCUGCUCACUUAUCUACUUCAUACCACUCACGCCGCCAAACAUGGAAGUCGUGCCGGCCUAGGCCUGACCCUUGUACAAUAUGGCUUUUAUAUGAGCGGUUCCAACGAUGGCCCAUCCGACACUGGAAAUCCGGGACAGUUUUCAAACUCCAGCCCGCCAGAUCCGAAUAGUCACAGCUUUGACCCCAACGCCGUCAAUGGCGGCGGAGAUCAGUCUUCCGGAGGAAGCAGCGGGAUGGGUGGUUUCACCAGCGCAGAUUGGAUUUCCUACAUUCUCAUGAUUAUUGGUUGGUUUAUUUUGAUCCGGGCCGUAUCAGACUUUUUGCGGGCAAGAAGGCAUGAGGCCCUGGUUUUGCAGAGUCCCAGUCGAGGAUUGCCUGUCCCAGUUGUCGCGGAGGGCGAAUCUCCUGAGCAGACCGCCUAAGUCUUGUCCUAGAAGCAUUUUGUUCCCAGAGGGUCUAUGGCUUUCUCUCGUUGGACGAACGCACCUCUGGAUGUGUCUUGUGUGUAAAUAUAAAAUGCAUGCUUGUGGAAUGAACUGAACAACAGUCAUCCCUUUCCCGAGAAUGGCAAUGUUAUAAGAGAGGUCGAUUCACCGAUCUAAGGAAGAGCAGAAGAGCAGAAAAGGAAUUUCCAGGACAUGAGGAAAGUUGAAGUCAAUUCGGUCUGAAUAUGUCUCUCUUCGGAGCCAACGUCCUGGUGUUCUUUUUCACUCGGGAACACGCCUCUCCAGAGUUGAGGAUUCUCCUGCAAUGUCUUCGAGUCGCCGUGUGCAUGCUUGCUGACCUUGAUCGUGACAAUCUAUCUCUUUCGGCGCCUGAUUUCCAUUGCCGAUACUUUCUCCGCUCAAGCUCAACAACGAUCUUGCGGAUGUGCACAGCUAACGAAGCUUUUUUUUGUUAUAUCAGAGGCCGUCAACA